GUUUGCUUGCAUCUCUUCAAAGGGAUGUCAGAGGAAAUCCAGCCUCUUGUCUGGGAGGAAACGGAUCACAGAGAAAUGCUGCAAAAGAUCUUGAGAUCCCUGGUGCAUACCAUCACGGAUCAGACCGCCUGCAAAGAUAACCGUCUCCUGGCUGGCACUACGGUGAGCAUGAUGGUGAAUACAGCGCCAGAGGUUGAAGCAGGAGCACGAGCGAUCUGGGCUUUUUACCUCCUCAUGAAUUCAAAUGCUCAAAGAACAGGUGAACCAAAAGGGGGGUGCCAGUUUGGGGCACUUUGGAUCCCCACUUCCCUCCUGAACCCAGGUGGUUUGGAGAAGCUGGUGAUAACCCGUGGCUUACUAACCAGUUGCAAGAAAGAGAUCUUGAGCUGUCUUCUGGAUGGUAAUAGCCCGCAAAAGUGCUUGUUGCUGGAUGUCCUGUUUCCAGUUGUUUUAGAUGUGAUGGAAGAACCCACAAGCUGCCCUUAUUACUCCUUCCAAGUUUUUUCUCUGUGGCUUCAACGCGUCCGAGAAAGUUUGGACCAACUCUGGAAAGUCAAGGAGAGCCCAUUGCUGGGCAACAAUUCAACACUUCUCCAAAAGCUAAACAAGAUUGUUUGGAACAAUGCAGAAAGUCCAACGGAAGGAGUGAGCAAUUUUGUCCACAACUCCUUUCGGAUUCUCUUGGAGAUCUACAGCCUGGAAUGUGAUCACUUUGGGGAUCCAGAGAGAGCCCUGUUUAGAGAGUACCUGCAAAGAGUUAUUUCCAUGCCUUGGGAAGCAAGAGCGAGAUACUUCGCACUCAGUGCAAUUCUUCCCUACUUGGGCCCCCAAAAGGUUCUGGAGAUCUAUGCGGAUCUCCCUCGACAUCUCUUCAACUGCUUGUCCACCAACCGUCUGUGUCCCGUCGCUUCCGAUUUGUACAAAACUGUCCUACGACUGCAGCGCCAAGCCUGGAUGGAGGAGAUGAAGGAAAAAGUCCUGGAAGAACAGCUGGCCCACCAGUGGUCCAGGUGUUGGUUACCAACCUUCUCCAGUGCCUUGACAUCUUCUGACUCGUUCCUUCAGAGCAACGCCUCCAGCCAGCUUCUCGGGUGGACGCUGAGAGCUUUCCCUGCUUCUUACGCCCUGCUGGCCACAAGAUUUGCGGGCGGGGAGGCCCCUCAGCUCCGAACAUGGGUCUCCUUGUUGAACGUUCAGAAGAGCCUCGUGGGAGACUUGCUCACGGACGAGGAGACCCUGGAGAGGCUCACCUGCUGCCUCGUCUCCCAAGAAGACACUGUCCGUCUGGCAGCCUUGGGCUUCCUCUGCUCGGCUCCCAAGACCAGCCAAGUCUUAUCGGAGAGGGAGAUCCAACUCUUAAAAGAAUUCCUGCCCCUGAAUCUGAGCUGCGAUUCCUCCUCAUUUCGGCAGCUCCUUCAAGCCACGCUGAAGAAGGCGUUGGUCAGAAUGAGGGACAGUUCUCUCGCCGUCCUUCGGCACCGGAAGGUCAACCGGGAGGAAAGCUCGGUCAGAAAGGACCAAGAAAGGGAUGUCCUCCGAGCUGUAGACUUUGUGGAUUGGCUGCUGCAGCUCUGCACGACAUCUCUAAUGUCAGGUUCCAACUACCAAAGAAGGAAAACGGCGCUUCUUCUCCUGGCAGCCAUCUUGGAGACCUUCACAGACACUUGGAGACCUGAGAGAAAGAAGGGUCAGCCUCCCCGUAAGCGGCUUUGUUCCACCUUCUCCUGCCUCGUGCUGUAAACAAGGGUUGGCCUUCAAAUGUCAGAUUCUCUCACUCAGCACAAGCCCAUGUGGGGGUGUAGCCUUCAAAAAUAGGGAUCCCAUGAAGAUUGUGGUGGAAUCUCCCCCUAGACUGGAGGGAGGGGUUAAGAAGGGGCUAAGCUUAGAGUUAAA